AACUACAUAGCCAUAACAUCUCAUUAUAUCAAGAAGCAACAUUUAUACUUAGUCCAACUCAUCUCAAUAACACUACAGAGUAGCUACACUGGAGCAAAAUAUACGUAUAUGUUUAUGCAAGACGGCUAAAAAAAGUAUGCUGUUCUGGAUAACUUUUCUCCUUGUCAUCCCCUAUUCAUUGCAACACUCUCUACACGUCUCUCCACAACGAACAAAUCAGUCAGUUCCUGGAAAUUGCAGUCACUCUGAAUGCAUGCUGUCCGAACUACUAGAGAAUGCUCACCAUUAUUUUGUGUCAAAUACGAAAAUAUCAUUUCAUUCUGGAAUACACCAAAUCAACAAGCCAAUAGGAGACAUACUCAUUCAAAACAUUGAAAACAUUUCUUUUCACGGUGCAGCCACGCACGUGGAACCAGGAACAACGAUACAGUGCAAUGACAUCUUCAGUUUGACAUUUGUCAAUGUUACUAACCUUUCAAUAUUGAACAUUGCACUUGUGGGCUGUAGCAGUGAAUUUUCUUACGAGAGCAUACAAGCAAUUUAUGCACUAGCUUCACUUUGUGAUACCGGGCCUUACUUGUCCCUGUCACCUUGUAAAACUAGAGCAAAGCUAGUCAUUGACCAUGGAACAAUAACAGUUGCAAGUGGAGAGAAUGUUUCGAUACACAAAUUGCAAAUAGUUAAUUCAAAAGAUGUUGCCUUACUACUACUUAAUGUACACAAUAGCAUUACUAUGAACCAAUUGACGCUGGAGGAUAAUUCUAUUAACUGUGUGAUAGCAACAGUAGAACCAUUUACAGAUUACCCGCAAAUUGCUACAUACAGAAUCACAAAUUCAUCAUUUAAAAGAGGAAAUACAACCAAGGCGAUUGCAUCUGGAUUGAACAUAUUAAACAGGGAGAUGUAUGAACACUUGAUAUUCUGCAACAUUAGUAAUGUUAUUGUAGAGAACAAUCUUGGGGCCUUGGGAAGCAUAGUACUUCAAAUACAAACCCAUUUGCGUUUCUAUUCAUCCAUUUGCCAUUCCAGAAUAGUAAUCAAAUUCCACAAUGUUACUGUAAGCCAUAGUGCUUCGGGUAUCUGUAGCAAUGGCUUAACAAUAACAAACAUAAUCCCACAACAAAUACUGAUUACAGCAGACAUCGAACCUGUAACUUGUGCAUUUCUUGUUUUCGAGGAUGUGAGGUUUGCUAACACAAAGCUUUUUAUUUCCCUUAUCAAAUCUACUGCAAUGGAAACGAUGGUCAAGUUCUCAAACAUUUUAAUUUAUGGACAGAAGUGCUUCAGUUGGACGAGUUUUAUGCUCUUUCACAAUGCAAGAGUAUUUCUCUCCAGUGUAAUUGUACACAGUAUCAAUGGAAUCGGUUUCUUCCAGUGUAAUGUUACAAUUGACGGUAUAAAUAAAUUUAACAAACUCGUUGGACAUGGAUUCAUACUACAAGAGAGUUACAUGACAUUUAAAGGUGAGACAAUCAUCAGUAACAACCAGAAAACUAUGUUAGUCAUGUACACACAAUCAUCAAAAAUCGUGUUUGAAGGCACAACAAUAUUCAGCAACAAUACUCCAUACAAAUUCAGCUGCUUAACAGGAAACUUUCACUCAGUUAUUAUCAUUGAAGGUAGAGUGAUAUUUAGCGGGAAUAAGGCUUACAAUGGUGGAGCAAUCGCACUUCUCAGUGGUUCAACAUUAAUUCUUCAAUCCGAACAAACCUCCUUGCCAGUUUUACAAAUGACAAAUAACUAUGCCAGUAACUAUGGAGGCGCUAUAUAUGUAGAAGAUUAUUCUAUUACAAAGAAGGUGGCUGGAGAAUACAAGCAAAUCAUUCCGUGUGCAAUAUUCGUUAAACUUAACCGUGGAGUUUCAUAUAUUUUCAACAACAAUACAGCAAGGUUAGCUGGUCACAAGCUGUUUGGAGGAUGGUUUGAUUACUGCUUCAACAUUUACAAUGAAGAAUACUAUGAGGAAUUUACCCCAAUCACAGGUAUUAGUGUGACAAAUCAAACAGAAGUUUCCUCAAGUGCACUACGUAUCUGCAUCUGUAGGAACAAUCAGAUCAACUGCAAGAUAGACCAUUGGGUGGAAGUUUUCCCCGGAGAGCAGUUGAGUAUGAACGUAGUAGCAGUUGGCCAAUUAUACGGAAUAGUGCCAGCCACAGUGAGAGCACAACCGCAAAACAGUUUAAAGAUCAAUGAAUUAGAGCUGCUACAAAAUGUGCAGCAAACUUGUACGAAACUGGUGUACACGAUCCAAUUAUCAAAACUUGGUGAUGAAGAUAUAAUAAUACAAGAUAAUAGUAUGAUCUUACUAGUUCAUGGUAGGCAUUUCACACCAUACAAUGGGAUUGAACAUUCAGCAGACACUCUAGCACAAGACUUGUUCAUAACAAUCUCAAUUAAGCCGUGUACAAAAGGAUACAAUUUCAAUGCACUUAGUGGGGUGUGUGAGUGUGACAAAACGAUAACAAACAGUGGAUUGCGAUGUGACCUUCAAAGUGGCACUAUAGAAAGGAGGAGAGCAAUUUGGAUUCACCCAACAACAUUGCAUUUGAGGAACGAGCAGCUGGGCCAAUCAAAUUCAGGUGUAAUUGUUCACAAAUUUUGUCCAUUGGACUAUUGCAUUGACACAGACUCAUACAUUGAUAAACCAGCCGGAUGAACAAUGUCAGCACAAUCGAUCGGGGGUACUGUGUGGAAGAUGUAGUCAAAACACAAGUGCUGUGUUCGGGUCAACUAGAUGUCUGCAGUGUUCAAGCUACUGGGCAUUUUUGAUCAUUCCAUUAACUUUGUUAGCAGGACUAUUUAUUGUUGCAUUGUUAAGGUACAUAAACCUGACUGUAUCCCAAGGGACCAUAAACGGAAUUAUAUUUUAUGCCAACGUUGUACAGGCAAAUCAACACAUGUUUGACUCCAGAUCCAAUUCAUUUUUAAAGUGGUUCAUUGCGUGGCUGAAUUUUGAUCUUGGUUUUGAAGUGUGCUUCUACAACGGCAUGGACACAUAUGCUAAAACAUGGUUACAGUUAGUGUUUCCACUAUAUGUUUGGUUUCUAGUCAUACUGAUGAUUACUUGCAGCCGAUAUUCAACAAAAGUAUCAAAACUAAGCGGGUACAAUGCAGUACAGGUUUUAGCUACUUUAUUCUUAUUUUCUUACACAAAACUACUCCGGAUUAUAAUCUCAUCGCUUGCGUCUACUACAAUUGAAUACCCUAAUGGACACAUCAGAAGAGUCUGGCUUUAUGAUGGAAACAUUGAAUAUAGGAAAGAAGAACAUCUUGCAUUGUUUAUGUUAGCAUUGCUAAUUUUAAUAUUCCUCUCACUUCCAUACACUAUGCUACUGUUUUCCAUUCAGUGGCUACAACGUUUCACACAUCGAAGGGGCUUGCGAUGGGUGACUAGGCUACUACCGAUAUUUGAUGCCUAUACAGGUCCAUACAAAAUC